AUGUCACAACUAAACGACAUCAAGGGCCGAUUAGCCCUCAUCACUGGCGCUUCUGGAGGAAUCGGAGCAGCAUGUGCCCGCCAACUAGCCUCCAAAGGCACCCAUCUAGCCCUAACCUACAUGUCCAGCCUCCCCAACAUCCAAUCCCUCACCAUUGACCUCCACUCCCUCAACAAGGACAUCAGAAUCUCAAUCCACAAAGUCGACGUCGGCAAAGCAGAAGACAUUGACAAAAUGUUCUCCGAAAUCGACGCCCAGCACGGCCACAGACCUGAUAUCCUCAUCUCAAACGCAGGAUAUGGUAAACGUAUCCCGCAGAUAUGGGAUAUUGACCUUGAAGAGUUCGAUUAUACGAUUAAUGUGAAUUUGAGGGCAUCGUUUAUUUUGACGAAGGGAUGUGUGGAGUAUAUGCGGAAUCAGAGAUGGGGGAGAAUUGUGUUUAUGUCUUCUAUUGCGGCGCAGGGAGGGGGGAUUAAUGGAUGUCAUUAUGCAGCUUCAAAAGGGGGCAUUUCAGGUAUGAUGCGCAACCUGUCCACUCGAUUGGCAGAAUACAACAUCAGCGUCAAUGAUGUUGCUCCCGCCAUGAUUGGGGAUACGGGUAUGAUUCCUAAUGGUGCUGCGUUCCCGGGGUUGACGGAGACUAUCCCCUUGGGAAGAUUGGGUGUGCCGGAAGAAGUUGCUAAUGUGGUUACAAUGUUGGUUACGACGGGGUAUAUGACGGGACAGAGUUUGUUGUUGGCCGGUGGGUUGAAAUAG